GUGGACGUCCAGAGCUAAAGAGUUGGAGGAACGCGAGCUGGCUCUGCAUGCGUCGCUCCCGGAACAUGUUAAGCACAUCCUUAAAGGGAAGCGGCUCUUGUUGUGGAAGGAGAUGAUUGCAGAGUACGGUUUGCCUGACACCACUUUAGUGGAUGACAUGAUGGCGGGCUUCCCCUUGAGUGGCUGGCUACCGCAAAGCCACGCCUUUCCUAAGCACAUAAAGCGGCCUGAGUUCUCACUUGACACGUUGAGGUUGUUGUCCGAAGGCUUGAACAAGCAGACGUUGGAUCAAAUGUCGAUGAAGCAAGAUGCUGAACUUGAAGCCGCAACUUGGGAAGAAACAGAGGCUGAGCUACAGCACGGCUGGAUCUUUGAGGCUCCUACGGUGGAGAGCGACUUCAGGGUCUAUGCCAGGAGAUUCGGAAUCUCCCAGGGCGGCAAAACUCGUGUGAUCGACGAUUGCAGUUGCUGUGGCCUCAAUGCCACGGUGGGGACAGUUGAAAAGUUUGUGGUGCACGCCAUUGACAGGAUGGCGGCCAUGCUUGCAUAUGCCCUAGGCUUGAGCACAGAUGCCAACAUGAUGUAUGUGAACCGUCCAGGGCACGUCAAACCCUCGGCAGUGGUGUUGAAUGCUCUCCCUUUUGGUGCGAUAGGAAAGAAGGCACCAGAGUUUGCACCUGUCUUUAACAUGCUGGGUCUCGUCGUUGAGCUGACUGAGUCUCUAGACAAGGUCCUUGAGGCGAACAAGUUGUGCCCAAAGGAAGCCGAGAGGUUGCGAGGAGGCGAACAAGGCGAUCCAAGUGCUUAA